GGCAGUUUGGAGUCAAACACUUUGCUGGGGGACUGGAGUCACAUCGAGGCCAGACUAGGUGCCCAGGAAUGUGCCAGAAUGGAGUCAGAGACAGAGCGAAACUCCUGCCAACUCUUUUAAACUAAAGGCGGACACUGGGUGAGGAUCUGCACCGAGGAGUGGAGAGCUGUGAUCAGGAAGACAGCAGCAGCUCAUUAACAGAGACAGAAGUGACUGACUUGGGUGUUCAACGUCAAAGCUCAACAAUGAAGCUGUUUCUUGCUUUCGCUAUUGUCUACAUAUGCAUUGCCAAAGCAUGCUCAGUGGACUCUUUGGAAUGCAUCAUGGGACGUUGUGGGUCUCAAAGUGUUGUGAGCGAAGAAAAUCGCGAACAAUGUUGGACCGUUUCAACAAAAACAACUCUCGAAGGGAAAACAGUCUGUGAGCGUGAAAAUCUUUGUGACUUGAACGCGAAGGAAAAUGUGUCCCUGAACAGUGGCAUUGCUUCUUUCUCGAGGAUCAACAAUGAACACCUUGAAGCAGAACCUGACACUCCAAAUGGACUUUCAUGUUUUGGUUGCUUUGAAUCGUCCUUUGAAUUAUGCAGCCAAAAGCUCGAGGAGGUGAAUUGUGUUGGUGGUGAGACUCGGUGCCUGAUUGCAUCAGGAACGGGAACAAAGGACAGUAUUCCAUCUCCUUUUGUCACAGCAGCAUGUGCCACUGAAAAUCUCUGCCAGGGGCCCGCAGAUUUUGACUUUUUCCCUGUAAAAUUGGAUGGGUCUGCACAUUGUUGUUCAUCCUCGCUGUGUAACAAUGUUACAUUGCAACAUGAAUCAGUCAAGAAGAUUGGAGAAUUUUCACCCGAGGCUCAUCACCAUGACACUGACUGGCAUUGAAAAUCACACUGAAAGGGUGACAGUGUUGGAGUAGAGUCUGUUCCAGCCUGUAACCAUAGUGAGGGUGGGGCAGCGAGAUUCUUUGAAGGAUCAAGGCAAAGGUGUAUUGGUUUCAAGCUCUUUAAUUU